AAAAAAAUACACAUACAUAGCUGUACGACCCACGUGAAUGGCCAAUGGGGUCCAAACGAAACGCUCCUCUCUGGAUUCUUGUCCGCACAGUCGCAGCCUCACAGCUCAUUCAUUCGGAUUCACCUUCAAAUUUUUGAACUUGCAAAACAAGUAAGCGUGAGGAGGAGAGGAGAGGAGAAGAGAGAAGAAAUGGGGCGCAAAGGGGAAGACCGAGCGGAAGGAGUAAUGGCUGCAGACUUCUUCUGGUCGUACACGGACGAGCCCCACGCUACUAGGCGCCGCCAGAUUCUCUCUCGGUACCCUCAGAUCAAGGAUCUCUUUGGCCCCGAUCCCUGGGCUUUCCUCAAGGUUUCCACAGCAGUUCUCCUUCAGCUAUGUACUGCUACUUUACUCCAUGAUGCUGGUUGGCUGAAGAUACUCAUCAUAGCCUACUUCUUCGGAUCUUUUCUCAACCAUAACCUUUUCCUAGCCAUCCAUGAACUCAGCCACAAUCUUGCCUUCUCAACUCCAGUCUAUAACCGUUGGCUUGGGAUUUUUGCCAACCUCCCUAUUGGUGUACCCAUGUCUGUCACGUUUCAAAAAUAUCACCUUGAACAUCAUCGCUUCCAAGGAGUAGAUGGUAUUGAUAUGGACAUUCCAAGCCACACUGAAGCCCAUCUUGUGACAAAUGUUGUCACUAAAAGCAUAUGGGUUGUCUUCCAACUCUUCUUCUAUGCUCUCCGGCCUCUCUUUCUGAAACCAAAACCUCCUGGUUAUUGGGAGUUCAUCAAUUUAUUUAUUCAGAUAGCCCUUGAUGCAGCCAUGGUUUACUUUUGGGGCUGCAAAUCUUUUGCCUAUUUGAUUCUUUCCACAUUCGUUGGGGGUGGGUUGCACCCAAUGGCUGGUCACUUCAUUUCAGAACAUUAUGUUUUCAAGCCUGACCAGGAGACAUAUUCUUACUAUGGCCCCCUGAAUCUUAUGACAUGGAGUGUGGGAUACCACAACGAGCACCAUGAUUUCCCUAGAAUUUCUGGGAGCAAGCUCCACAAGGUGAAAGAGAUUGCACCAGAGUAUUAUGAGGAUUUAGAGUCAUAUAAAUCUUGGAGCCAGGUUAUAUACAUGUACAUUAUGGACCGAGCAGUGGGUCCAUUCAGCCGAAUGAAGAGGAAGGCAAAUAAAUCUGAAUAGGUGUGUUUAAUCUAUACUACUGGUUCGGUUUUUUUUUUGUUAUUCCCUGGAUUUGUAAUGGUUAUUGCCAGAAUCAGCUAUUAUUUGUAUCAUUUUUGGGGAAUGAUAUAGUUUUACGAUGAAAAGAUUUGAGUAAUUUUUUUUAUUCA